CCCGUUUUUUUUCCCUUUUCGUUCGGAGGCGGGCGGUUUGUUUUUUUUUUUUUGUCCCGGGGGCCGUUUUUACGCCCCUCCCCCGGGUCAGGGUGGGCGAGGGGAUCGCCACGGAAUAGGAGACCCCCUCCCCCUCGAGGGCAGAGACAGAUAUCUCGGAAAAUGCCCCGAGCUUUCCUGGUCAAGAAACCUUGCAUCUCCACCUGCAAGAGGAACUGGAGCGAGCUCCCAGACGAGGAGCGGGGAGAGAUCUACGUGCCAGUCAGCCUGGGCUUCUGUCCGCCGCCGCCCUGCAAUGACUUGGAGCCGUCUGUGGCGGAACCCCCUCCGUGCCCUCUGGCCCUGGAUAUGAGCAUGAGGGACCCCGGCUACGGAGCCGCCCCGGGGCCCUGCGUGGCCCGACUGCCCGCCGACGACCUGGGCCGCCUGCCGGACUCCCAGGCCAGGGAGCACAACUUCCUGCGCCCCAAGAUGAAGGUGACAUUGGGUGACAGUCCCAGUGGGGACCUCUUCACUUGCCACAUCUGCCAGAAGGGCUUCACCUAUCAACGCAUGCUAAACCGCCACAUGAAGUGUCACAAUGACGUCAAGAGGCACCUGUGCACCUAUUGCGGCAAGGGUUUCAACGACACCUUUGACCUCAAGAGACACGUCCGCACACACACCGGCGUGCGCCCCUACAAGUGCAGCCUGUGCGACAAAGCCUUCACGCAGCGCUGCUCGCUGGAGUCCCACCUGAAGAAGAUCCACGGGGUCCAGCAGCAGUACGCCUACAAGGAGCGGCGGGCCAAGCUUUACGUCUGCGAGGAGUGCGGCUGCACCUCCGACAGCCAGGAGGGCCACGUCCUGCACCUCAAGGAGCGGCACCCCGACAGCCCGCUGCUGCGCAAGACCUCCAAGAAGGUGGCCGUGGCCCUGCAGAACACCGUCACCACCCUGCUCCAGAGCAACCACCACCUCUGAGCCCCCGGGCCCACCGGGGGAGGUCGGUGGAGGGGCCUCUCCUCCCCGGCCCCGAUGGCGAGUCCACCCCCUGGGCCUCCUCUCCUGCCGCCCGGACGCCAUCUUGUCCGAACCCAGAGGGGGAGCCGGGUUGGGCGAGGAGGAGCCACGGACUUGUGCCCCGGGCAACGCCGUGUGCCCCCUUUCUCUCCCCACCCUCCUCCCCCACCUCUAAUUCGAAGGGUCGAACCGAAUCAUUCAGGACGGGCCCAGUACCGGAAGCCGCCGGUAGCAAGGGAGGGGAUUUGAAGGGAAGGACGAUUUCGAAAGCGACGCCGGACGUGGCGGCCCUGGCGUCUGCCCACUUCUGUUUCGGCCCUCCGGACUGGGCCCGGCAAAAGGCCCCGCCUCAGAGCGGCCAUGUCGCCCGGCCCCAACGGCGACUCGCCCUGAGGUGAUCUUCCUUUUAAUCAAUCUACCGGAAGGUGCCGAAGAGGUUUUUCCUUUAUAAAGAUGACACAUGUACAGAUAUUAAUAUAUAUUUUUGGUGCUGAGAAGAGAUUUUUUUUUUGACGAGGAGGGAGUCUUUGGCCCUCCCUUCCCGGUAUGACUCUGUUUAUCCUGGCCAUUUCAGACCUCCUCCACGUCCGAGGUAGACCUGCCGGCUGCCUGGCUACCUUCUCUCAAGGCCCACGUCGUGGGUGUCCCUGAUAUUCACCCUCGCCCUCUCCUCUCUUCUCUCUCCCGUCUGACAAAACGGGAAUUUGGUGCUGCCGCCUCUCCCUCCCCCUCAGCGUGACAAGCCGUUGCUCUUCCCCCGUUUUCCUCUGAAUCAAAUCCUUCACGUCCAGAAGUGGUUCUUUUCGAAAACAACCGACCGGUGGCACUCACCGAUUGACCAGCUGGGCCCAGGGGAGGGCUGAAUCCGGGGCUGGGUCUCUCAGUGGAAGACCCAAGAAACCAGUGGAAACCUUAAAGGGGAGAAAGGAAAAGAAAGGAAGGUUGCCGGUUCCUUUAUUUGAUCCCGUUCACCCCCUCCCUGGAUAUUUCUCAGCUGCGGACUGGAGGCUUGAGGGAAUCAGGCUCCUUCUAGGCACCUGAGAGGUUAGUACAGUCCUCAGCAUUCAGUAAAUUCCAGCGAUGGACGGGUCGCCGGUUGUUGGAUGAUGUGGGAAGGAACAGGGUGUAUCCUUGCCAUCCUCGUUUGUUGCCAGUGGUGUUUGCACCCUCUCACAGUCAAAGGGAUCAGUGCACCCCGAAGAUAUCCCUUAUAUAUAGUAAUCCGAGUAGGAGGGACAGUGACCCUCUGGAGGGAGUUUGGGUGAAGGAAGGAGAGAGUAUGGGAGAGGGUGACUUCUCACUUGCCUCCCCUCUUUCUCUGUCUAGUGUGUGUAGAGUGAAUUUUGAAGGUUAAUUUCCUGUGCUCCACCUUCUCCUCACCCCCGACCCCUCCACGCAGGUCUACGGGGCUGUUGGGUCCUGUACGAUAUGUAGUGUAAAAUAAUAUUACCUGGAGGAUCUGGUCUCGUUUACAUACCCAUAACACUGGAUUAGUUGGUUCAGGUCACAGGAACUGGAAGAUUGUGCGUUGUAUGUGUAUUUUAUUUUGUAACUUUGUUUUUUUUUUCCAAGCUAUUAAAAAUCGAAGAACUUCA